AUGUCGAGCAAGCUUCUUUACUCCUGGCAUUUGGUCUGGGACUGGUUGACUGCCACCCGAACCUCCUCAAGGGCGGCAGAUUACUAUGUCAAGCGGUCUGCGGCGUACUUGCGUUUGAAGCCGGAAGAUGGAGGACCCAACGCGGAGGCGGCUCUCCGAGAUGCUGAGGUUGCGGUUCUUUUGGGCAUGAAGCGGGCCAGGCGAGAGUCUAUCAUUGCAGCGCAGCUGAGGCGGGCGAUUGCGCUCUAUCAGCUGGGCCGAUUUGGUGAUGCGGAUUUCUUGCUAGAAAUGCUUAAAGACAAGCUGAAGAUUGCUGAGGCUGUGGCGAAGGAAAAAGCGGCGGGAGUCUCACUCGCAGCGCUGGCGUCUCAGAAGGGUCGUGGUAGUAACCAUCAGGAGCUGCAGAUCUGGGGCAUGAAGGCGAAAUCUCAACUCAACAAGUUGGAGCCUGAGGAUAAGAGAGCGAUUGUGACUGUCAACGAAAUCCCUGAUGUUGUCCUCCCCGAGCCGGAGGAGUUGAAAAAGUGGCAUCAAUUGGAAUUACGGGAGAUGGGCGUUGGGGUUAACAGGGCAUCGGUAGCCCUCGAAAAGAUUGUCGCAUCCGAAGAGAAACCCAAAGUGCAAGAGACCACGACGGCCACUAACGCUAUGUCUUCCGCCGAGGUGAAAAGCAACUCGCAAUCGCCCCCGACGUCUUCCCUCCCUCAACACCCGAUUAGCAAGAAGUAUAGGCAUGAAUGGUACCAAAACAACGACACUGUCGUUGUUACUCUCUAUGCAAAGGGGGUUCCCAAGGACGAAACCAAAAUAGAUAUUCAAGAACAUUCUUUGUCAAUCACGUUUCCUACAAGCGCCGGGUCUGAUUUUACCUUUGAUUUGGACCCCUUAUUUGGUGCCAUAGACCCUACGGCAUCUACAUCGUCCAUCAUGUCGACCAAAAUCGAAAUCAAUCUCCGCAAAAAGCAACCAGGCCAUAAAUGGGGAUCCCUUGAGACAACCGCAGUCGCCAACACAUCAUCCGUAAUGUCUCCUCCGCGAGCUUUUACUACCGGCAAGGCACCAUCGUACCCUACCUCCGCUCGCGGUGGCGCCAAGGACUGGGACAAAGUUGCAGCGGAUCUAAGCAAAAAGAACAAAUCCAAGGUCAAGGACGAUGGAAGCAAGGAGGAAGAGCUUGACUCUGAUCUAGAUGAAUACAACUCUGGUGAUCCGGUUGACGCCUUUUUCAAGAAACUUUAUGCGGGCGCUGAUGAUGACACACGACGUGCGAUGAUGAAGAGUUAUUAUGAAAGCAAAGGGACGGCGUUGAGUACCAACUGGAGUGAAGUUGGCAAAGGCCCGGUCCAGGAACAUCCUCCGACGGACGACUAG